CCCGGGCGAAUUAUAAAGUGGCUCCGGCCGCCGCAGCCCGGAAGGCGAGGGAGGCUGGCGAGGUGGGCCCCCAACCCUGCGCUGCGGCCGCGGCGACGCCGAGGACCGUGACGGUGAGCCCCGCGCCGCCCGCCCGCCUGCCUUGCUCUCCUCUCCCUCCUGGAGUCGCCCGCACCGGCUUUCUCCGACCAGCCUGUGCGCCCGGAACAGCGGCAACACCAUGGCGCGGUUCCUGAGACUCUGCACCUGGCUGCUGGCGCUCGGUCCCGGGCUCCUGGCGACCGUGCAGGCGGAAUGCAGCCAGGACUGCGCGACGUGCAUCUACCGCCUGGCGCGCCCGACCGAUCUCAACCCGCUGGCUUGCACACUGGAAUGUGAGGGGAAACUGCCUUCUCUCAAGACCUGGGAAACCUGCAAGGAGCUUCUGCAGCUGUCCAAGCUGGAUCUCCCUCCAGACGCCAACAGUGCCCUCAGCAAACAGGAGGACCACCACUUGCUCGCCAAGAAGUAUGGGGGCUUCAUGAAGAGGUAUGGAGGCUUCAUGAAGAAGAUGGAUGAGUUGUAUCCCCUGGAGCCGGAGGAAGAGGCAAAUGGAGGUGAAAUCCUUGGCAAGAGAUAUGGGGGCUUCAUGAAGAAGGAUGCGGAGGAAGACGACACCCUAGGCAAUCCCUCCGACCUGCUGAAAGAGCUGCUGGGAGAGGGGAACCAGCGAGAAGGGGCUUCCCACCAGGAGGGCAGGGAUGACGCAGACGUGAGCAAGAGAUACGGGGGCUUCAUGCGAGGCUUAAAGAGAAGCCCCCAGCUGGAAGAUGAAGCCAAAGAGCUGCAGAAGCGGUACGGCGGCUUCAUGAGAAGAGUGGGUCGCCCGGAGUGGUGGAUGGACUACCAGAAAAGGUACGGCGGCUUCCUCAAGCGCUUUGCAGAUUCCCUGCCCUCCGAUGAAGAAGGUGAAAGUUACUCAAAGGAAGUUCCCGAAAUGGAUAAAAGAUAUGGAGGAUUUAUGAGAUUUUAAUCCCCUUUCCCAUCAGUGAGCCCAGGCCCCAGCAAGCCUUCCUCCAGCCCCCAGUGAGAGACUGCUUCGCCGGUCGUGUUGUAUUGUCCUGUGCUGCUUGCAUUAUAUAGUUGACUUGAUUGUCUGGAUAACUUAACUGUACAACCUGAAAGCUGUCAUUCCACGUCCUGUGUUCUUUUGAGAAUCCUUAAGCCUUUAAGUAUUGGUCUCUUGCAGCUGUCUUGUUUACAUGCUCAAAUAGUUUUUGGUAUUACCUUGUCCUUUAUUUUUGCCAAAACGCCAAUAAAUGCAUACUUGUAUGUAGAUAUAAUAAACCCAUCACCCCAACUGCAUAACAUUCUUGCAAGUUUCUUCCCCUCCGAAGCUCUCAUUCUCCCUUAGGUUUCCACUGCCUAUCCUAAACUCACAGACAGUGAAACCAUCUGCUUUCAACAGAAGCAUCACUGGCCUCCUCCUCUUCCAACUGCUGAGGCUGCAAAAACAUUUUUCAUUUAAUUCCUUGUAUAUGACAUCUUAGAUGAGCAAACCCACAGUAGCAAAACAAAAUGUAUUUCCACUCUCAUUUCUGGAAUUCAGGUAUGUGAGGAAAAACCAAAGCCUAAUAAAGAUACAAACUGUACCCUCAUA